AUGAGUAGCAUCGCCCUCCACUACUGCACCUUUGCUGUCGUGCAGUCGAAUGUGUGCCUCCCCUUCAUCAGCGCCACCAACAACGACGACACCGACACCGCCUCCUGGCAUCGCACCUCGACACCAAUACCAGGUGGAAAAGCAACUACAUUUAUUCAUUUCCUGGCAAUUGAUUCAAUGAUUCGGUCAGCCAUGCAAUUGCGAUACUUCACCGCAAUCGCACUUCUCUUGUCUAUUCCUCCAUGCCACUUCCUGCUUCCUCUGGUGUCGUCCCGCUGUGUCUAUCUGCGUUCCAUCCAACUAGUAGAGAGGUCAAUUGUCAUGACUAUAGUCGUAGCACUAGAUCUUGCGGUUGUGAUUGCUGCAUCGAAAGUUUCAGUUGCUCACUUACUGCGUGCGUUCCGAGGCUAG